GCGAUUUUCGUUUCGCAGCUCUAUGCCACAAUAUUUCCCGUGUUUUGGCGCGUCCAGUAGUGGAUUGUUUACUGCUAACGCACGCCCUGACAGCGUUAGUACUUAAUAUACCAGUCUGCUAUUUGGGCUUUUGACGGUGCUGCUACUGCUGUCGUGCCUUUGACAGUUGAUUGCGAUGUGAUUGAAGUAAAUACUGUAUACCAGAAUGGAUCGAUACCAACCGGCCGGUAAAGAUGACCCUCCCAAGCGGCCCUCCCGGCUUACCUCCCGGAAGGAAAGAAUUAAAGGCGGUACAAAAAAAAGUCAAAGCCUUCCUGUUAUAAAAACGCCUCUCGAAGAGCUCCGUCUAGUACACAACAACUCUGUUGCAGCCUCACUAGCACAUGGCAGCGCAAGUUCGUCAUCUGAUGACGAAGCCUUUGAGCUGGCACCCAGAUGUGUUGCAGAAAAGAACUGCCUUUCUGACUCUCAGACUCCAUCGUUGACGCCUAGGGUGGAAUCGGUUCGUCUUUCUAGUCUUGUCAAGUGCCCAUCGUCCACCAGCUUGAAUCGACCUCUGAGUUUUGCAACAGAGCAACUGCUACGUCAGACCAGUUGUGUGAGUACAGGCAGCCUCAAGUCCCUCAGUGAUGGAACCAAUGGUAGUUAUGCCAAGAAAGCUCAUCAGCUCUCUCCCUUAGCAAAAACGGAGCCCCCAUCAGGUUCAACACGCUGUGUUACCGAGGUGCACCAUUCUUGGACAGUUUCAGGCAUGUCAGAAUUUCAAGACAGUGUUGACUUUCCUCCAGACCAACCAAGUAUUCUUCCCAAGAUUUCAACUAAGGAUGCUCGCCUGAGGAGCUACCUGGUUGGAAAUGUCAGUGGCAAGGGGUCACUGCUAGGUGAAGAAGAACUAAACCGUUACUUCCCAGAUAGAAAGGUCAAUGUAUUUGUGGCUACGUGGAACAUGAAUGGAUUGGCGUCCCCUACCAGCCUAGAUGACCUGCUGCUACCUAAAACAAUUGAAUAUGUUCCGGACAUAUAUGCUAUUGGGGUUCAAGAAGCUAUGAGUGACAGCUGCUGAAGAAGCAACAUACGCCACACGUACCGUUUCUUCUGUCAAGACCAAGGGAGCUGUCGCCAUUGCUUUCCAGUUUUUUGGGUCUUCAAUGUUGUUUCUCAACUCCCAUU